GCUGGAGGGAAGGAGGUGAGACCGUCCGGCCCCUCCGCCCAGAGGAACCGGCCGGAGCAGCGGCCCCCCACCCCAAAACCCCCCCGGCGACAUGAGUGGCGAGAGGAGGCCGUCGCUGUGGCUGUGGCUGCUGGUCUUCGUGUCCCUGGGCGGCUGGCACCGGGGGGACGGGACCGCCGCCCCCGCCUCUGCGCCACAGGGUUGUGUCUGUAAAGGUAAAGGCCGCUGCUAUUGUGAUGGAACUAAAGGCAAUAAGGGGGAGAAAGGUUUUCCUGGUUCUCCAGGGGCUGUUGGCUUGGAAGGAUUUCCUGGACCUGAAGGGUUACCUGGACCUCAGGGACCUAAGGGUUUUCCAGGACUUACUGGUUCAGCUGGACCUAAAGGUGUAAGGGGGAUGACAGGGCAACCGGGUUUUUCAGGUCUACCUGGACUUCCAGGUGAUCCUGGGAAUGUUGGUCCCUUUGGACUACCUGGUCUUCCCGGAUGCAACGGAACCAAGGGUGAACGGGGAUUCACAGGUUAUGAUGGAACUCCAGGCUAUCCAGGGUUACCGGGUCCAGAUGGCGCCAAAGGGGAAAAGGGGACCCCUGCUCAUGGAGAAAUUGGAACUAGUGGAAGAGGCGACCCUGGAGUGUCAGGCAUCCGAGGAUUUCAGGGUUUACCUGGCCCUCAGGGCAUUCCUGGACCAGUUGGAUCGCAAGGCCCUCCGGGAUUCUUAGGUUUCCCAGGAGCCAUAGGACCUCCAGGACCCAAGGGUCACAUGGGUGUUAAAGGCAUAGGAGAGAAAGGCAAUCCGGGUGUGAAAGGAUUAACAGGACCACCCGGACAACCAGGAACAGUAAUUGUGACGUUAACUGGACAAGAUAAUACAACGGACAACAAAGGGGAUAAAGGAGAGAAAGGUGCAAGGGGACCACCAGGUUCACCGGGACCACCAGGAGAACCGGGAGACUCUUAUGCGUCUGAAAAAGGUGCCCAAGGAGAACCAGGAUCUGAGGGAAAACCUGGAAAAGACGGUGUCCCUGGCCAGCCUGGAUUUCCGGGAGUCAAGGGAGAGGAAGGUGUCACUGGAUUAAGUGGAGAAGCUGGUCUCAAGGGCUGGAAGGGAGACAUUGGCCCAGCAGGAUUCCCUGGUCAAACAGUGUACUAUGAUAUAACCCAGGAAAAGGGAGAUGAAGGGUUGCCAGGGCCAAAAGGACUUAGAGGACCCCGUGGCCCACAGGGGCCAGAAGGUCAUCAAGGGAUGGGUGGCAGGCCUGGUGCAUCGAUGCCAGGUGCCAGAGGCAGACCUGGACCUCCAGGCACAAAAGGGAGGAAAGGGGAACGAGGACGUCCUGGAAGGAAUGAAGUGGGGAUCCCUGGAAUACCCGGGAAUCCAGGCACACCAGGCUUCAUGGGAUUUCCAGGCCCACCAGGAUUACCAGGUAAAGUAACUUUUCAGACUGGUCCACCAGGAGUCCGUGGCUGGCCAGGCAGUUUGGGGGAUCCAGGAUUACCAGGAGCCUAUGGACCCAAAGGAGAAGCAGGACACCUGUGUACUCAGUGCAUUUGCACACCAGGAGCCCCUGGCGUUCCAGGCUUCCCUGGCUCCGAUGGUGAAGCAGGAGUGAGAGGAGGACAAGGAGCCGAUGGUCCAAAGGGGAGCCCAGGAAAUCCAGGAAUUGCAGGCCUUCCAGGGUUUCCAGGUUUACCAGGUUCUCAUGGUGGCCAAGGACUUAAAGGAGAAAAAGGAGAACCAUCUCACUUAGGAUUGGAGGGGCAAGUAGGAUCCAGAGGGGAUCCAGGGAUUGGAGGGGAUCCAGGAAGAAAAGGCUCUGAUGGAAUUCCUGGGAGGCCUGGAAUAAAAGGAUUACCUGGACCGAAAGGUGAACCGGUCCUGAAUGGGGAAAAAGGGGACAGGGGCUUUCUGGGAAAGCCUGGAAAGCCAGGACUUCCUGGACCUAUGGGGUUAGCUGGGCCAUCCACCUAUGGACCACAAGGAGAACAGGGUCCAAAGGGAGCCCAAGGAGUCCCCGGAUUUCCUGGGAUGCCUGGAAACACCGGUCCUAAAGGAGAAGUUAGUAUAGCGAAGCCAAUUCCUGGCCCACCUGGUCUUCCGGGCCUACCUGGGCUACCUGGCCCACCAGGUCCAAUAGGUGUUGUAGGCUCAGUGGGGAAAUGUGGUGAUCCAGGACUCCCAGGACCUGAUGGUGAAUCAGGAAGUCCAGGAUUUGUAUUUCCUGGACCUCCUGGGCCUAAAGGGGAUAGAGGCAAAAUGGGGACGAAAGGAUUACCCGGUUAUCCAGGAGAAAUGGGAAAGCCAGGGACACCUGGAAUACCAGGAUUCCCAGGAGCAAAGGGAGAUCCAGGGCUAGCUAUUCCUGGAACCCAAGGGAAAAAGGGUUUUCCAGGAGAAAGCGGAAAUAUGGGGGAGUAUGGAGGGAGAGGACCUCCUGGACUUCCAGGUCCCCCCGGAUUCCCAGGACACAAAGGGCCCAUUGGGCCCCAAGGAGAGCCUGGUUUACCAGGAGCUCCAGGAGAUAUAGGAUUUCCCGGAGAAUGCAUACUAUGUGCCACGGGCUUCCCAGGACUUCCAGGCCUAAAUGGAUUAAAAGGACAACAAGGAGAAAGAGGGUUGAAAGGAUCAAAGGGGGACCCUGGAAUUCCAGGUUUGGAUAGAUCUGGAUUUCCUGGUGAUUCUGGGCCACCAGGAAUCCCAGGUCAACAAGGCAAGAUAGGACCACCUGGUUCAAAGGGACAUUCGGGAAGACAAGGUCAUUUAGGAGCACCAGGCCAUAAAGGAGAAGCUGGAUUGAUGGGGCAACCAGGAUUGAUUGGACAUCCUGGUUUUUCUGGAAGCCCAGGCCUCCCAGGAUUCAGAGGUGACUUUGGAAUUCCAGGGCUGAAGGGGGAGAAAGGAUGCAGUGGGCCAAGAGGGGAGCCAGGUGAUAAAGGAAAUCGAGGAUCGUCUGAAACCUCUUUCUUCCUGGGAGACAAAGGAGACCAGGGCCCAAAAGGACCUCCAGGAGACAAAGGUUGGAAAGGAGACAAAGGGUAUCCAGGUCCACCAGGCUUGAAAGGUCUUGCUGGGAGACCUGCCCCACCAGGUCCACCAGGUGUGAGGGGAGCUCCAGGUGUCACUGGGACUCCUGGAGCACCAGGAUUAGUUGGAAUUCCUGGAAGAAAAGGGAGCAUGGGAAUGCCAGGUGCUAAGGGAGAGCGAGGAACUUCAGGUUUCCCAGGCCCACAGGGAAGACCCGGUCUCCCCGGUACAACUGGAAUGCAUGGGGACAAGGGAGAAGCAGGCUAUGGAGUGGGUACCCAACCAGGCCCAGAAGGGCCAAAGGGUGAUCCGGGACCUCCAGGACCCUUGGGCAGUAAAGGUGUAAGAGGUCCACCAGGCCUGCCAGGACUUUUAGGCCCUGAAGGGAUUGAUGGAAAUCAAGGAAAUUAUGGAGACCCUGGCACUCCAGGAGAGCCUGGUCCAGAUGGUGAUUUGGGGCAUAAAGGAAGCAAAGGUGUCCCUGGAUAUCCAGGAAAGAAAGGCCCUCAAGGAAUGCCAGGAUUGCCAGGACCAUCUGGAAAAAUGGGUGAAAAGGGUAACCAAGGGCGUGAUGGAAUUCCUGGUCCACCAGGGGAGAAGGGAGAGCAAGGUCUGAUGGGGGCACCUCGGGGUCCAAAUGGCAUUCCUGGUCCUAAAGGAAACAAAGGAGACAUGGGAUUCCCGGGUUCACCUGGAGAACCAGGUUUAAAAGGGAUGAUGGGAAAUGUAGGACCAGAGGGACCCUUGGGAUCAAAAGGACCUCCAGGAUUCCCAGGUUUCCCUGGCUCACUAAUUCCCGGACAGAAAGGAGAUCAAGGACCUCCAGGCUUGAGAGGAAGACCAGGUGAUCCUGGACCACCAGGACAACCUGGGAACUCAGCCAGAGGCAUGAAAGGUGAAAAAGGUUUUAUGGGAACUCCAGGUCCAGAAAGACCACCAGGGAGUAUAGGAGACCCUGGGCCUCCAGGGCAUCCUGGAAGGCCAGGUGCCCCAGGUUUUCCAGGUCUUAGAGGUGAUCCUGGUUUCCAAGGUUUACCUGGCAAUACAGGAGAAAAAGGUAAUCAAGGACUUCCAGGACUAUUUGGUCCCCCAGGGCCAAUCGGACUAAAAGGACCACCUGGACCACCUGGGCAGCCCGGAGCAAUUAAAGGACUCUCUCUGAUAGGAAGCCCAGGACCUCCUGGUAUACCUGGAGCACCGGGAAUGCAAGGGGAUCCGGGACCACCAGGAGCAGUUGGAGAACCAGGAUCUCGCGGGCCAAGAGGUUGGCCAGGAUAUGAUGGAAAACCAGGAACUAUGGGACUAGAUGGAGAGAAAGGCAGUAAAGGGAUUAAAGGACAAACAGGAUUACCUGGCUCAGUCGGAUAUCCAGGGUUAAAGGGAAAACCUGGGACCUCUGGACCUCCUGUAUCUGAUUCACCACCGACAAGAGGCUUCAUCUUCACCCGGCAUAGCCAGUCAAUGGAGAUUCCUUCUUGCCCUGGAGAAACCAUGCCACUCUAUAGUGGUUACUCUCUUCUCUUUGUUCAAGGAAAUGAAAGAGCCCAUGGACAAGACCUUGGAACACUUGGUAGCUGCCUACAGCGAUUUUCCACCAUGCCUUUCUUAUUCUGUAAUAACAAUGAAGUAUGCAAUUUUGCCUCACGCAAUGACUAUUCAUAUUGGCUGUCAACAGCGACACUGAUGCCCAUGGACAUGGCCCCCAUUACUGGAAGGGCUUUGGAGUCUUAUAUUAGCAGAUGCACCGUCUGUGAAGGUUCUGCAAUGUCCAUUGCAGUUCACAGCCAAACCACUGACGUUCCCUCGUGUCCUCAAGGCUGGAUUUCCCUCUGGAAAGGAUUUUCUUUUGUGAUGUAUACAAGCGCAGGCUCCGAAGGCUCGGGGCAAGAACUGGCCUCCCCCGGAUCCUGCUUGGAAGAAUUCCGGCCCAGUCCCUUUAUAGAAUGUCAUGGUAGAGGGAGCUGCAGCUAUUACUCCAACUCCUACAGUUACUGGUUGGCUUCACUAAAUCCAGGAAGAAUGUUCAGAAAGCCUAUUCCAGCAACUGUGAAAGCUGGGGAACUCGAGAAGAUAAUCAGUCGCUGCCGGGUCUGCAUGAGGAGCAAUCUUUGAUGAUUUCUCAGGAAGAGAAUAACUCUAUUUUUAUUGUAGACAGCUAAUUAGCUUCAUGGAAUGUGCCUUCUUUAAAAUACAGCACUAUAUCUCAGGCCUGAACUACAGAAUCUACCAGUAGAAUAUUGUAAUGGCCAAAUUUGACACCGUUUUCCCCACGCCCCCACCUCUUUGCUUUUGUAUUUUCCUUUUAAUUUUUUGAAAAUGACAAAGUACUUUCUUCAUGUUAACGUUUUUUACCUCUACCUUUUAAGACAUUGGCAUUUUUAAGACAAAUUUUUUUUCACUUACCUUAUACUUUAGAUACUAGCUAAAUUAGAUAUCAUCAAUCAAAGCCUGUAACAUACAGGUCCUAAAAGGAUUGAUUUUCAAUGGCUUAUUUUCCAAUUGCACUUUUGUAAUAUUUUAAAAUAUACCUACACUUAACUCCUAUCUCCCCUUCACACCUUUCCCCACCUCAGGCACCACAAAACCUCUUCUGUUCUCCCUUAUAUAUUUCUUAAGAAAUCUUCCCCCUGUUAAGAAUAUUGUACUUUUCCCCCCCCUUGACUUCCCACUACCAUUUUAGACCAAGAAUCCAGGAAGGAACCUUGCACACUGUCUGGCUAAUCAGGCUCUGAGCAGAUGCUCUGCAGUGCACACAUUCCAGCUAUUUAUGGUAUUAAUCACUUGUCUUUGGACUUGUUUCCAAAUUACUAUUUACAAAGUAAACUGGAAAAGUGCAGGAAAUAAAACUGCCGAUUGAGAGAACCUGGUAACUGGAGGAAAUUAUUUCAUAAACAUUUUCUUCUCGGUGCUCUGAA